AGACCCAUAAAGUCUUAUAUUGUCAUUUUGCCCUUUGAAUGCCCCAUUAUUUCCAAGUACAACUUCUUACUUGUUUUUUUUUUCCUUCCUUUUUCCAAGAAAUGGCAGCUAUCCACAAGAACACAAUCCAACACUUGACACACCCAAAACAUUCAUUAACAUUAUUUGAUUCGAACACCAAAUAUUUAUGUGAUGGUUGCAAAAUCCCUGGCAUAGGUAAAAGAUAUCACUGCCAUGAAUGCGAUUUCGAUCUACAUGAAUAUUGUGGAACAUGUCCGAUGAAUCUUACUUCGUUCUUACAUCCUUACCAUUCUCUCAAGCUCGUCAAUCGUGUGCCACAUGGCAAUCGCCUAUUGGACCGCGUUUGCAGUGUUUGUUGUGAUUCUAUUGAAGGGCUGUUUUAUAGAUGUGAGAUUUGUGAAUUUGAUGUCCAUCCCCUCUGUACUCAAUUGCCUCAAACACUUCGACAUGUCCUACAUCAGAUGCAUCCUUUAAGGCUACUAAGCUCGACUGAACCAGGAACCUGUGUUGUUUGCAAAGGAGCUUGUAACGCUUCUUCAUGGCGUUAUAGGUGCGCACUAUGUGAAUUCAAUAUCCAUAUGGAGUGUAUGUUGGUACAAUGCGAAAAGGAAAGAACAUGGCUAGGAAUUUCGAAGUAUGUUCCACCAUCGGUAUUUCCUAAGACGCAAUAUUUUUAUGGUCAUGCUUAUGAUAUUCCAUAUUGGAAUCCUAAUCAUAACAACAUCCCACAUUCACACCCACACCUACACCCACAACAUCAAUUUCAUUGUGCGGUUCAAACUCAUCAUGGUGGAACAGGUAGACAAAUUGGAAAAAUUAUAUUUGUACUAGUGAAAAUAGUCUCAAUUGCGUUGAUUCUUGGGAUGUGAAAUAGAGGUGGACAGAUGCUGAGUCAAGAUUUUUAGUUUAUGGAUUCAUUUGAUUAUAAUUUAUAUAUAUAUAUAUAUACACACACACGAUUUCAGCAAAACAACAAGGUUCCAUCGAAACCGUACGUAGUCAUAAAAUGGUGGUUUCGCCCUUGGGAUUGAUUCAAGUUUAAAGUAUAUGGAUUUUGAGUUUCAAGCUUUUGAAUUCUGAAAUUUAUUAUAUGUACAUGUUCA